CGAAAUCAUGGGCGAACGCGAGUGCAGUGAUGACCCUCAAUUUCGCUACAUAAAGUGGGUGAAGCGGGCGUACAAUAAACCGGUUCGAUCUGCUGUUGGCAAUGGGUGAAAAAUAAAUGCUUGCUUCGAUGUGGUUCGCGUAGUUCCGCGCUCCUCGCUUUGCGGUUGUUCUCUUCAUCUGUCAUUCGUGGUGAAGGUUGCUAUUUAUACAGUUUCGGAAUAAAGCGGAAAACAAUUUGCAAACUAUGUAACAAUAGCGCACACCCAGCCGAGAAUCACCACUCGUCUUGUCGAGUGGAACAAUGUCAAUAGCCCGUCAUAGUCUGUACACAAGAUGAACCGCGACAGAGAAUUCAGCAAGAACAAAGCCGAAAAUCCGGUCCGGAAUGCAUCCUUCCUGUCGCGGCGUACCUUCUGGUGGUUGAAGGACAUUUUUCGCGCUGGCCAGCGUAACGAAAUCACCGAAGAUAUGCUGUAUGCAACGCUGCCAGAGCACAAAAGCCAAAAACUUUCGGACAAAUUCGAGCGACUAUGGGUGGAAGAAUUGCAGCGAUCGCAGCCCAGCUUAAUGCGGGUGUUUUACCGUGCGUACGGCAAGGCUACCCUGCUGUGGGGUUUAUUAUUUUCAGCCUUUGAGACGGCCAACCGCGUGGCACAACCGAUUUUGCUUGGUGGAUUGGUUUCCUACUUUUCUCCCGGUCAAACGGAGAUCAGCGAACGCGAGGCUUACUACUAUGCAGCCGGUGUCAUCGGCUGUUCAUUGGUCCCGGUACUUACAUUCCAUCCGUUCAUACUGUUUAUCUUCGAAGUUGGCCUGAAACUUCGCGUUGGUAGUUCCUGUCUGAUUUACAACAAGUGCAUGAAACUGAACAAAUCCGCCUCCAACACGGAUGGCUUGAAUGGAAAAAUCAUCAACCUGCUGUCUAACGAUGUGAGCAAGUUCGACAUCGCGAUCGCUUUCCUACACGACCUCUGGAAGGGUCCAUCGGAAUGUCUUCUAUUAGGUUACUUUAUCUACCUCGAGAUCGGCUUUUCCGGUCUGCUUGGAAUGGCUUUCCUACUUAGCUUUAUUCCGCUCCAGGCAUGGAUCGGCAAGAAAACGGCCACCUAUCGGAUGAAGGCAGCCAAACGGACCGACUUGCGGGUACGGUUCAUGAACGAAAUCAUCCAGGGCAUUCAGGUGAUCAAGAUGUAUACCUGGGAGAGUUCCUUCGCCAAGAUGGUGAGCCAGAUUCGGCGCAAGGAAAUCAACGCGAUCAGGGGUGGAGCCUACGUGCGGGCCACACUAACCUCAUUCUUCGUAAUUUCACGGGUUUCGAUUUUUCUCAGCUUACUGUCCUACAUCUACGCUGGAAACUUUAUUACGGCACGUAAAGUGUUCAUUGUGUCCACCUUCUACAACAUUCUGAAUGAAUCGAUGGUGCAUUUCUGGCCCUUGGCGAUAACUUUCUGUGCCGAGGGGUACAUUUCGGUGAAACGAAUCCAGGACUACCUGCUGACGGCGGAAGGAAAACCGAAAGCACCGGUUAUGGCACCCGAUUCGGCGGCGGUUAAGGUGAAAGGAAAAGCGCUGAUUGAGGAUGAAGAAAAGAGGAUCAAAAGCAACGGAAAGACUCCGGAGGAAGAAGUGGAGCGUUUGCUAUUAGCAAGACGCGUCGUUAAUGUUGUUAGUGAGAAGAAAGGAAUUGUGCUGGAAAACGUUACGGCCAGGUGGACUAUGGGCGAGGAGGAAUCUACCGUUGGAUUGUCCUCGGUAACAGCGACGGUCGAAGAGGGACGCUUGUGUGUUGUGAUUGGUGCCGUCGGUUCCGGAAAAACUACUCUUCUGCAGGUGAUCUUGGGCGAGUUGGAAGUUGAUGAGGGUUUGGUGCAAGUCAAUGGAACGAUCAGUUACGCUGCCCAGGAGCCGUGGCUUUUCGAGGGAAGCAUUCGAAAUAAUAUAAUAUUUGUUGAGGAGUACGAUGAACGGAGGUACUUGGAAGUGGUCAGGGUGUGUGCGCUUGAGCGCGAUUUUGAGCUGUUCCCGCACGGAGAUCAAACCAUUGUUGGGGAACGAGGCAUUAGCCUUAGUGGCGGACAGAAGGCGAGAGUCAAUCUAGCCCGUGCCGUGUAUAAGAGGAGCGAUAUCUAUUUAUUGGAUGAUCCGCUGUCCGCGGUCGAUACUCAUGUUGGUAAACACAUCUUCGAUAUGUGUAUUCGAGACUUUCUAGCAGAUAAGGUGUGCGUUCUGGUGACGCAUCAAUUGCAGUAUUUAAAGGACGUGCAGCAUGUUCUGCUGAUGGAUGCCGGAUCGGUGGAGGUAGAAGCGCCCUAUCGGGAGAUUAAGAGAACACGACUCGAUUCGUUCACGUCGCUGACCUCAGAGGAAUCAUCCGGGGAGAAUAAGGUCGACCAGGACUUCCAGAAAUUGACCGCUCACAGUGCGAAGGUGGAUCUAGAAAUGGAGAAACAGGAAGAGGAAAAGGAAUCUCAAGGGGAGGGGAAAGUGAACUUUUCCGUUUAUAAAACUUAUGCUACAGCGAUUGACAGCACGCUGUGGAUAGUGUUCAUCGCGCUACUGGUUAUUCUGGCGCAGGUCGCAAUGAGCAGCGUUGACUACUUCGUGGCUCAGUGGGUGAAUUGGGAGGAAUCACUUGGGGCCAAAACCAUCGUACUUAAGGUGAACCAAACCGAGGAAGCUUCACAGGACCACAAUACUUCACUAGCAGCACAAACAGAUAACGUAACACAGUUCGUAAAUCCUGUGGAUAUUCACGCCGAGGAACGGCAGCAAUACCUUCUGACAUACGGCAUCCUGAUAGGUGCCUUCGUGUACCUGAUAGUGCAACGAACCUUCUCAUUCUACCAUGCAUGUUUGCGAAUCUCGAUGAAACUCCACGAUAGGAUGUUCCGGGGGCUCACUCGGGCCACGAUGUACUUCUUCAAUACCAACCCUUCCGGGCGUGUGUUAAACCGUUUCUCCAAGGAUAUUGGUGCAAUCGAUACCAGCCUGCCGAUGUCGUUAUUCGAGUGCUUAAUUUUUUCAUUCGAAAUUUUGGCCGUAGUAUCACUGGUUUCCAUCGUCAAUUACUGGUUCCUGCUGCCAACAGUCAUCAUUGCCGCAGUGAUGUAUGUGAUACGGAAGAUUUAUCUGGACAGCUCGCGUGUCAUUAAACGUAUCGAGUCGGUGAAUCGCUCGCCAAUAUUCACGCACACAAACGCCACGCUGCAAGGCCUGUCCACUAUACGUGCGUUCCAGGCGCAAGACAUCUUAACCAAGGAGUUCAACGAACAGCUAGACGUUAACACUUCGUCUUGGUACAUUUUCAUCACUACCACCAGAGCUUUUGCGCUUUGGUUAGAUUUUGUGUGCGUCAUCUAUGUGGCCGUUGUUACACUGAGCUUCCUGCUAUGGGGACAGGAUGCGUUAGGAGGCAGCGUUGGUUUGGCCAUAACGCAAACUAUCAGUUUGAUCGGGAUGUGCCAGUGGGGUAUGAGACAAUCGGCGGAACUGGAAAAUCAAAUGGUUUCAGUCGAGAGAGUCAGUGAGUAUACGAAUUUAAAACCGGAACCUCCGUUGGAGACCGCACCAAAGUACAGGCCACAGAGAAAUUGGCCCGAAGAGGGAGUCAUUAAGUUUGUCAACGUUGAUCUAAGCUACUCUGAUGACGGAGAGAAGGUGCUAAAAGAUUUGAGCUUCACCAUUCAGUCGAACGAGAAGAUUGGGAUUGUUGGAAGAACUGGCGCUGGCAAGUCGUCGCUUAUUCAGGCCCUGUUCCGGCUAGCGCAUUACGAAGGAACGAUCGAAAUCGAUGGUAUCGAUACGAAGACCCUCGGACUGAAGGAUUUGCGAAGCAAAAUAUCAAUUAUUCCACAGGAUCCAAUACUGUUUUAUGGAACGUUACGAAGUAACUUGGAUCCGUUCGAGGAAAAAACUGACGAAGAACUGUGGAGUGCGUUGGACCAGGUGGAAUUGAAGGAGGCCGUCUCAGGUUUGGCCGGUGGUUUGGAGUGCAAAAUGUCUGAUGGUGGCAGCAACUUCAGUAUGGGCCAGCGUCAGCUGGUCUGUCUGGCGAGAGCAAUUCUCAGACGGAAUAAAAUUCUCGUCCUUGAUGAGGCUACAGCCAACGUUGAUCCGGAGACGGAUAAACUGAUUCAAACUACGAUUCGUACCAAAUUUGCCGACUGCACAGUAUUAACCAUCGCCCACCGGCUGCACACGGUUAUGGACAGCGACCGGGUGCUGGUUAUGGAUGCCGGACGGGUUGUAGAAUUCGGUCAUCCCCACAAACUGCUGCACGGAGCCAGUGGCUAUCUGCGAAGGCUGGUGGAACAAACCGGAGUAGCAACGGCAGCAUCGCUAAUGCGAAUUGCCGAUGAGAACCACAAAAAGCUCGAAACCCAGUAGCCAUCUUCUUAGUAGACCAGUAAAAUUGCACCUCAACAACACGAGACGAACAGGAAACCACUUACAGGAAGUGCCUCAAGUAGCUAGGCUAGCAUUUAGGGACAAAAGUGCUUAAACAGUUUUACGAGAUUUAAUUGGUAGAUUUUUACAACCUAA